GUUGAAAGUAGUGGGCCAGAAUAUACAGUAAAUAAUGGACAGCGUAGAAAACGUCAGGCGGAAACAUCGGAUCAAAGACCUAUGGAGAUACGGGAGAAUGAGCCGAAGGUUGGAGAGGCUCGGGAAAAGAAGAAUGUUGCUCUAUUUGAAUGUGCAAAGAACCGGGCAAAAUGUUACGAGAUCAGAUGUAAGAUUGGUAUACUGAAUUCAGGUCAACAGGUGAAAAUACAGAUUAGAGCCAGACUCUGGGAAAGCACAUUAAUAGAAGAUUAUUCAGGUGUAGACGAAGUACAUAUUAAAUCAACUGGUAGAAUUCAUAUACGUCCAGAGCUGAAUGUGGUACAAAGCAACACAAAAAAUGAUGAAUAUCAGGCAACAACUAUAGCUAUUCCAAGCUUACUUAUUGUGAAGGAGAAGCCACUGGAAUGGUGGAUUUAUGCUCUAGCUGUGCUUGGAGGUCUUUUUGUCCUUAUUUUACUUGCCUUAUGUUUGUGGAAGUGUGGAUUUUUCAAGCGAAAAAGAUAUGAUGAAAUAUCAUCGUACAGUGUUAAAGUAGAAAAGAAGAAAAACAUAAACAAUCCCACAUAUAGUACUAAAGUUGAGACUAAGAAGGAGUAUUUAGAUGAAAAUGAAUAUUUCCUCAAACACUGAAACCACUUGUUGAUAAAGAUGUAUCAUGCAUUCCAAAACUUUUGACUGGGAAUCAUUUAAUCAUGCCAAACCAUUAUAAAAUUCAUGAACUCAAAUCUUGGAGUUUGUCCAUGGAUCUGCUUAAUACAGUACAAGAAUUUUGAUUGGUCUUUGUUAUUAAUGCUAGUUUGUUACCAGUGCUAUGAUUGGUCCAGAUUGGACAUGUGAUUUCAAAUUGAGGUGAUUUUUGAUUUUCAUUGGACAAGAACUAAGUUGCAAGAUUUAGAGAUCUCUGUUACGAUUGGUCUGUGUGUUCACAAGAUUGUUACAAUGAUUCUGAUUGGACGGGUAUGAUCCGGCAAUGAGAUUUUCCUCUUGGAGAGUGUUGAAAAGCUGUAACCAAAGUUGUUGAACAUUUUUCUACUGCUGGCUGAAGUGUGAUUUUCUAUGUUGUGAAGUGACAAAUACAUUUUGAGUUUGAUUUGCAAAAAAAAAAAAAAUUAGAAAAAUUUAAGAGGGUAAAGUUUGAUGUUGCUUUUUUGUAUGUUUACACUCCCAAUUUUGAUCAAAUCAUGUAAGUAAUGUCAUUUGUAUGAAAAUACAUUGAAAUUCAUAUGGAACAGUUACAAGUGACAGGUUAAAUUGUCCAUCCAAAUACAGUGGACAGGCACUCCAAUUUCCAUCAGGUCCAAGUAAUGUUGAUGCAAAAAAAUAUUUAAAUAUUAUAAUUUUAAAAUUUAUCUCGGAAGGAGCUCAUUUUUAAAAAAAAAUAAAAAUUGUAUUAAGGAAAAUUCUAGCAUAACCGUAAAGCAGAGGACUUGCAUGGAAUGUAUGUUAUCCGUACAUAGUGUUUUAAUUAUGUUAUUUCUGGGUUGAAUUCUAAGUGAUUAUAUAUAUGCAAAAAAAAUAUUAUAGCUUAUUUUGUUUUAUUUCCCCACCUCUAUAUCAUUACACUAUGAUAUUGUACCUACACCAGAAGUUGAAUCUCUAUAUACACAUGUGUAAUUGAUUCAUAUAAGACGAGAACUCCUUGAGUUAUAUUGACAGUUAAUUAAUUUUGCAUUAUGUUUAACCAAUUUUCAUGCAUUUUUUAUUGUCACAAGCAUUAAAACUUGCUGUAAAUAUAAAAAAAGAAUGAGUUUUCAUGAUGAAUUCCAAUAGAUUAUGAAAAUUACAUUUUUUAGCUUUAAUUAAGAUAAUAUUAAGCAUUUUAUUAUUAAUAUUUGAAAAUUAUUGGACAAAAGAUUGGUCGUGGUCUUGCUAGAAUUCUUUCCAGCUUUUUUUAAUAAAAAGCAAAAGUUAAAAAAUUGUAUACUACACAAAUAAUAUAAUAUUUUUGUUAAGACAUUUUUGUUUUUUAAAGAACGUGAAGUAGGAACUAAUUAUAAAGGGAUACAUGUUUAUAGAGAAGAUAAUGAUAUCAAUUGGUUGACAUAUUGAGAUUUAGACCCCCCGUUGAUCUCAUGCAGCUGUGACUGGCUUGCUUUAGAAGUAGUUUUUGUUCAAAUUAGGAAAAGACUUUUAAGUUGUUCUCUAAUUUACUAAAUGGGGCAUUCUUGUUUUUUAACAUAAACCAUUGUUUGCCAUAGGAGAAGAUGUGCUUAUAGUGUAGGUUAGGAGUGACUUGUUUUCCUCUGUAAGUUAUGAAUAGUUUUUUAGGCCAAAAAUAGUAUGUAUAUUUAGGAGAAUUAGAGGGUUUUAAUACAGUGCUGUCAAGAUUGUGUGAACCCACUGAACAAGCUGUGUUAAACCUUUGAAAUGUAGUUUUAGACGAGCUGUAUAAUUCAUAUACAUGUAGUUUUUAGAGGUUUAUGGUCUCUGACUUUGCAGUAAAUAAAAAUGGACUUGAAUAACACAUAGAAGUUAGCACUUGGAUCAAAAGCUGGGAAUAGAUUAAUUAUAAGGGAAGUUGCCAGUGUCUAUGUUUUGUGAUAUUUACAUUUUUUACAUUGUUUUACAUUUGCAUAGAAAUUUGGAUACUAGGCAUUAAUCAAGGCCUUACAAGGUAUAAGUUUCGUGGUCUCUAACUCUUUGUAAAAAAUAUGAAUUGAACUAGAUGUAAAGAAAAUGCUAAAUGUUGAAAUUAAAUUCAUUUGAUGUAAGUUCAAUUAAUUUGAGACUGUUUUACAUGUUUUUAUUUAGUUGUGUGUAACUGGAUUUCAGUAAAUGACAUUAAUUCUGUACAAAGUAGUUAUGAUACGAUAUUAAAAAUAGAACAUUGUUUAAAGGGAAAGUGUUUGGAAUCAUGUCACCUGAAAUGAUUUAUGUGAAAGAAGUUUUCAGAAAUAAGUGUCACAGCUACCAAGAAGUAAGGGCUAUUUAUGGUGAAAGUAAAAAUAAUUAAUUUAUAGGUAAAUUAAACAUGAUUCGAAAAUUAUACACAUAAUUUUCUAGAAAUUUCUUUGAAGUUAAAGGACAAAAGUUGUCAAAAUGUGUCUCUGUAAAUAUCAAGGAAAGGAACUAAAAAUAUGUAUCUCUGAAAAUUCAUAUUCUAUAGACAGAGUUGUAAAAAGGUGUCUUAUGAA